CCAAUCAUCUUGCGGUUUUUUUGAUCUGCGUUUCUCGUUGCGUUUCCGCCGCUUCUCCUCCCGCUCCUUCUCCUCUUCCGCCCUUCUCUCAUCUAGUCGUUGAUCCAGAUCCAUGACUUCUACUCGUGAGGCUUCCUUCCGUUUCCGACUAAGCCAUCGUAGACGCUCGCGCACCAUUUGUAGAUUCGCUCGCUCGACAUUGGACGAGAUGCCCGCGCGGGACAUGUGUUGUGGACUUUGGGUAUGAAGGAGGUAUUCGUGAUUGUUGCUGAAUGACAGGCCGUCGCAAAUCUCGCAGACCCAUCCCACACCGCUGAAGCGAACAGAACCAGUGUUCUUGACAAGCUGCAUUGUGCCGAUGCGCUUGGAAACAUCGAGACGUGCGUCUCGGGCUGAAGCAAGGCGUGUUUCCUCGGGCGUUGACGCUCGGCGGUGGUAUUUUUUGCCAGCCAUUUUGGCUUCGUAUCGCUCUUUGCCCUCCUCCCGCUCUUUGGCUUCUCGCUGACGAGCCUUUUCUGCGUACUCUUCUCGAUCGUAGGUUUUGCGGAAAUCGGUGUCUCCACCUCCGCUCUUCCCUCCAUUUGCCGCCAUGAUGUUGGGAAUUGGUUGUUUUCUGUGAUGAAGAGGAGAUUUGGGCUGGGUUCCAGCGUGAUUCGGUUUGCGAUGGAUUCUCGGCGUUUCGGUGGUUUGGGCGAUAGUGGGCUGAGGUCACCGCGCCAAGAUAUGGAGGAACUAGCCGAUUCGGGUUGAGCUGGCCAUCGUCCGGGGAAUUGAGAAAAAAUGAUGAGAUCUGACGAAUCACAUAUACGAUAUUUGAUUGAUUCGAUUGAGCAUGGAGCUGGCUGGGUAGAAAAGCAUACACAAACC